AUGGAGAAAAAUAUGGAUGCGGCGCCAGCUACCGAAUCUUGUUGUUUGAUAGACAAAGAGAAGCAAGAGCAUGAACUGGUGAUCUCUGAGACUCGUGCGGAUCGACUUGUAGCUUUGCAAGGCAUGGCCAGCUUGAAGCCGACUUCGACACUCAAGGGAGAAGGCACAAAUGUAUUAGGGGUCAAAGAAGUAGGAGGAGAUACUACGAUAGGGAACGAUGGUGCCAAGUCCGUCGAAACGGACCAAGGUGAUAUAGCGAAGAAACUUGUCAAUAGUCAACGACCUAUCAUGUCAGCUUUGCAACAUGUUCCAGCAUCGGAGGAUAUUAGGGGAAAGGGAUCCAAUACAAAGGGAGGAGAGGACAAGAGUGAAUGCCUGGGGGAAGCUGGUAUCAAGGCUGAGAAGUCGGAUGAAAGUGAGGUAACAAAUGAAGCUACGAGUAGCCAGCAACCCAUCGCCCCAAGCUUGGGAACUGUCUCGGUUUCAGAGAAGCUAAAACGAAAGGCUCUUGAUUCAAAGGAACCACAGAGCAACGAUACAGACUCACAGCAAGAUUGGGUUAAAAGGACGAAGUUGGAUGAGGUUGAUAUCAAGAAUGAUGCCGCCAAUAACCAGCAACCUAUUAUGACUAGCCCGGGGACUACUUCACUAUCCAAGGGAUUGAACGCAAAGCCAUUGAGUACUGAAGAUGCAGUUUCAAAAAAAGCGGACAUGCUCAACCUAACAGACAGUAUCCAAAACCUCGUUAUUGAAGAAGACAAAAGCACCAUUGUGGGAGUUGGCGUUGGUCUCGGAAGAUUCAAACGGGGGGCCAUAAAGAACAAGUACGGACAGUUCAACUCCUCCCGCCUCAGCAGUAUCCGCAAAGCCCGUAUUCCAUCUUGGACCGCCCCUGCAGCAACGCCGGAAGCUAAGAUUGAUGAGAGUAUCUUGCAGAUUCUGAGCUUUAUGAAGAGCGCUUCAGAGCAGCAGGAUGAUAGUCCUGGGGCUGAUCAGGAUGGGCAGUUCAAGGCCUUCUUAGGCGCGAAUAAGGAGAUUGUUAGGUGGUGGCGGGUUCUUGAAGGUGGCAAGUUUAGGGGCCGUCCUAAAACUACGAUGGCUGAGAAUGUUGAUUGCAUUCACGCUAUUCUAGUGGCUUGGAGCGAUGAUACUGAUACGUGUGGCUCUUGGGUCAGCCAGGCUAUGGAGCUGACAGAGUUAUGUCUUGCUUUUGCCCGGGGGUGGGAGGCUUUGACCGGUAAGAAGCUCGGGGUGCCUGAAUGGUUUGACAUGAAUAAUGAUACAAACAAAACUCCUGAAGGAGGCACUGUUGCGGAAAUUGAUGAGAAUAUGGAAUAUAUCCAUCCUAAGUCAAUCGACAUGAACAAGGACAAUGGCUUGGCUAAGACCGGUUGUCAUGUUCAAGUUGGCUCGACAAUAUCAACCCCACAAGAAACCACAUCACCCCAAAAACGCCAACUCAGUCAAACGACAUCUACCCAACAGAAAACAUCUUCCGAACCCAUUGACAGCUCUACAACCCACUUCAGGGCCUACGCACCAUCCGCAACAAGAGAAGAAAUCUCACAUCUCCACCGACGCCUCUCCAAGAUUGAAGAUCUCCUCAUCAACCAACACACCACAGAACAAACCAUCAUCCGAGUCCUCGAGAUGCAGCAACUCAUGAUUCAAGACAUCACCGACGCCAUCUUUGGCGAUAUCACCAAGCCGAACCCCCUCGACUCAGAGGAGCGAAACAUGGCCAAACGCACCGGCCUCUUGAUGAUGAACAAGUCUCUCGCCGAUAACAAAGUAACGAAGAUCUCAGCUUUGGAGGAAGAGAACAACAAACUGAAAAUUGAGAUCGAGAAACUGAAGGCUGCGCGCCAGGCGGAGGACUCCAAUGCUGAGCAGGAGGUUCAGAAGUUGAAGCAGGUCGUAGGCGUUCUUUGCGCUCAUCUGCCUAUGGAGUCGGAGUCCAAGGAUGAGAAGACUUGGACUGACGAGGCCUGGGAUGGCGCGAUGGAGAUGUAUUGGCCACAGGGAGAUCCUACUCAGACGGGUGGUAGUGGCUUAGGCGCGGAAGACAUGCCCAUGAUCUAUCAGGCUGGAAGAGGACAGGCAGGCGGUUCUGGGAUUGGUAGCUGUGCUAUUAUGUGA